AUGGCCAAACAACUUGGGAAACUAAAUGAUAAAUCUGAGGCCAUCAUUGGUGAUCUACAGGAGCGGUUAAGAAAAGAAACACAGGCUCGACAAGAAUUGGAAAAAAUAAAACGGCGUUUAGAAACAGAGAUAAAUGACCUCAGAGAACAGUUGCUACAAAAACGACAACAAAUGGAGGAACUUCAAGGUGUGCUGUCCAAACGUGAAGAGGAGGUGCAGUUCACUCUCCAGAAAGUGGAAGAGGAAGGAGCUGCUAAGAGUACAUUCCAGAAACAGCUCAGAGAUCUCCAGACACACUUGCAAGAGUUGCAGGAAGAUUUAGAUGCUGAAAAAGAAGCCAGAAACAAAGCUGAAAAACUGAAAAGGGAUCUGAAUGAGGAACUUGAGGCUUUAAAGACUGAACUAGAGGAGAACCUUGAUGCCACUGCAGCUGUCCAAGACAUCCGAACCAAGCGCGAGGAUGAACUCAGAAAACUCAAGCAAGCAUUGCAGACCAGUCAGAAACAGUAUGAGACUAAUGUACGUGAUCUCAAACAUAAAUAUCAACAGCAGGUAGAUCAACUUAAUGAAGAUCUGGACAAUGUCAAAAAGAAUAAACAAACCUUAGAGAAAACUAAACAAACCCUAGAGACAGAGAAUCAAGAUUUAUGCAAAUCUGUUCUGAUGGCUAAAAAAGAGUCUGAAAGGAAACGCAAACAAGUUGAGCAGCAGCUGCAGGAGGCCACUUUCAAUCUACAGGAAACAGAACGAAGUCGAGCUGAAGCAACAGACAAAUGCAACAAGCUCACUCUUGAAUUGGAAUCUGUCAGUAAACAACUUGAGCAAGCUGAAACAAAAACUAUACAAAACAGCCAGAAGAUCAACUACCUAGAGGCUCAGCUGUUAGAUGCACAGGAACUAGCAAAUCAGGAAACGAAAGCUAAAUUGCUUGCUCAGUCUAAACUCCGGCAAGCAAGUGAAAAUAUUUCUUCAUUCGAUGUGCGAAUGGAGGAGGAAGAGGAAGGCAAGAGACAGCCUGAAAAACAAAAGUCAGAGCUGCAAGCCAAUGUUAGUCACAAAGCGAUGGCAUUUUCAGAAUCCAAAAUACCAUUCACACCCCAGCACUACUUGGCAUGUGGUAUUGAAAACUGUGAGAAAAACUGCCAGUUUUACUGCAAUGAUUGUCACCGACAAUUGUGUGGAAAAUGCAGAGAUGAACACCAGAGGAGUCCAGAUAGCAAGAAUCACGAAGUAGUCCCAUAUCAUCAACGCAAAAGACAACUGCCUGACGUGAAAUGCCAAAUUCAUGUAAACAAAGAUGUAGACAUGCUUUGUGAGCCGUGUCAAGUUCCGGAUUUACAUAAGUCCACAAAAACCGAUUCUACAGAAAUAAAGAAGAUCAUGGAGAGCAUACGCAAAUCCAUGAGGACUGAAGCUGAGUCUCUCAAAAGUCUGGUGGAUGCCGUAACAUCAGAUAAUAUAAAACAAGUCAAUGAACAAGAAAAGUCUCUCCUUCAGCUGUUAAAUUCCCAGGUCAAAAAGUAUAUUGAUUACAUUUCUUAUCUUAAGGAACUUCUUAAAAAGUUCCAUGGCUACCUUUCGUUUGAAAAUCUUCAAAGAAUGAUGAGUGAAGAUACAAAAAAUCUCAAAAUAAACCCCAUACCAGUUGUCACCAAACCAGUCCCUCCAGUAUUCACUGCUGGUCAGUUCAGCAAGGAGGAUGUCACCAAUCUACUGGGUAGAGUAACUGUUCCUGACACUAAACCAGAAAACAGAAAAACAAAACUCAUGGAGCAGGGAUGGAGUCAAUUACAAUGGAAAGUGAUUAAUUAA